AUGUCCACUUCGGACCUCUCCUGGUCGGAGUGUCCGUCGGGUUUAUACGCCUUACCCCCAUUCUGCUAUAUCUGCGGCAGUCAUUCCAUCGGGAUGCCAAUGGACCAUGCCCCCUUAAACGGUAUGUCAAAGAAUGAACAUGCGCUCUUCUACUCAGCCAGCGAAAUGGAGAAGAUAUACUCUUUAAACUACGCAGGCUGGCGCACUCUCUACCGUAUGAUCCUCUACGACCCCCAAGAGCAACUAUACUGCCUCUCCGGAAUAGCCCAAAACGCCCUCGCCUCCCCAUUGCAGCGAAUCGAAUAUAUGGCCCCCUGGGACGAGGACGACUGGGUCCUCAAUAACCGUCGAAAGGAAGGCUUUGCGAAUCCCCGGGUCAUUCUCCCCUCUGAGAACAUCGAAGCCCAGACCUCACUAGCCGGGUAUCUAAUGCAUGCACUAUGCUGGAGACAUCUCCUCCGCUUCAUCAAUGGACCCACUUCGGCGGAUGAUCUGCGGAUUCUCUCCCAAACGCUUAUCCAACACUGGGUGAAAGGGGGAGUGCAUGAAAGCCUGAGUCUUCCGAUAAGCCGUUGCAAUUUCAAUCCAGACCCUCUAGGUAUAAACACCAUCCGCAAACUAGUGACAGAGUGUAGAAAGCGAGCGGCCAUGGGAGUACGUAUAAAGAGAACUGCCCUGACAACACAGUGUCGACUGCAUACCCUCCCAAUGGAGUUACAGUACAUGAUUAUGGAUCUGCUUGAUUGUCAUGACGUCUGUGCGAUGUUGAGAGGGAUAAAUUGGGAUGUUGGGACUGGAUACUGGAAACAUAGACUCCAUAGGCUCUCGUUCGAUGAGAUCAAGAGUAUCCAGGACGAGGAGCUGGAUUGGCGCUGGUUGUGUUUGAGGUUGGAACUGCUCGAAUCUAGCCCCACGGGAGGGGAGCGAAGACGGUUUUUUGAAGUGUUGAGGGGAAUAGGGGCUCAGUAUGACGCAGCAAGGGAGGAACAUUGA